GUAAACCGGCUGAAGUCCUGAUGCUGGUCUGCUAGAGUGGAUUUGGCCGCGCGCAGGACCAGACGAGAGCUUUUACGCACGAGUUCCUGCUCGAGAUUAUAAUAAGCAAAUAUUGGGAAAACUCUGCGUUGCAAAAUCCUGUUCUCAUGGUGGGUCCUUCAUCCAGCCUGUCGAGGAGAGCACGGUGAAGUGCUGGCUGAUUGAAUGUUCCCUCCAGUCUCCAUGGAUUACGGACGGACCAUGGCCCCUCCAGUACCCCCGCACAACCCCACACAGACCCGGCCAGGAGACGCUCAGGAGCGGCUGCUGAAGUGCGUCCUGCUCGGUGACGGAGCGGUGGGCAAAACCAGCCUGGUGGUCAGCUACACAACCAACGGAUACCCAACCAAAUAUGUGCCCACUGCGUUUGACGACUUCUCAGCUGUGGUUCAGGUGGAUGGAAACCCGGUUAGACUACAGUUGUGUGACACUGCAGGACAGGACGAGUUCGACAAGCUCCGCCACUUCUGCUAUAGCCGCACUGACGCCCUGCUGCUCUGCUUCAGCGUGGUCAGCCCGGCGUCCUUUCAAAACGUCUGGGAGAAGUGGGUCCCUGAGAUCCGCCGCCGCUGCCCCCUCACACCCAUCAUUCUCGUGGGCACGCAGUGCGACCUGCGGCAGGACGUCAAAGUGCUGAUCGAGCUGGCGAGGCGGAGGGAGCAGCCCGUGCUGGAAGAGGACGCCAGGGCGCUGUCGGAAAAAAUCGGGGCAGUGACGUACGUCGAGUGCUCGGCGCUGACGCAAAAGAAUCUGAAGGAGGUGUUCGACGUGGCCAUCGCCGUUGGGCUGAGGCAGUCUGACAGGAGGGUGAGGCGGGAGAGGAAGGUCCGCAGCACGGCCGAUAAGAUGAAGAUGCUCUCAAAGUCGUGGUGGAAGAAGUAUGUGUGCGUCCAGUAGGGUGGGAAGAGACCAUUUCUCUGUGACUGAAAAAACUUGCAACUGCUGACUUGUUGGUGGGGACUGAGUUGGAUGUAAGAACUAUUUUUACGUUCACCUGGACGACCCAAGAUGUAGUGACUUUAAUUCAGUGGAGCAACGGUUCAACACAGGCAGAGUGUGCCUGCCUGAGCUGUAGAGUUGCUGCCAAAAACAUCCCUUUGUUUGGCUGUAACCACUGUCUGCUCCUCAGAGCCAGUCUGAACUGUUAAAUAUGACUGUGACCAGCAUUCAACCAAAAAAAAAAUGGAGCUAAUAAAGUUUUAUGGCACAUGGACUUCAUAUCAUACUGGACGUGUCCUAAAGGAAACAUGAUCUGACUUUGGAGGGAAGGUGUUAAGACGGUGACGCUAUGUACUAAGUGUAUACUCCUCCUAUGUGUCUGAUUUGACGCCAUUCUUUAACAAAGUAUAUUAUUUUUUGUGUUCUACACUGUAAUUCAGCCCCCGACACUUCUGUUAGAUUUAUUUCACUGAAAUCAGAACAUGAAGUCAAUGUAAACGAGCUUAAAUCCCAAAUCAAAGAUGCAAUAAUUGUACUGUUGAGAGCCAAAGACAGUCCGAUGUGUAACUGAUCACAUUUAUUUUAACUCUGGAUUACAAUCAAAUGUAAAUGAGUAUAAAUUAUUUUUUUAAUCUGUGAGUUCUUGGGGAUUGUUGCAGUCCAGCCAUCCAUUUCUCUAUAAACUGGAUUUCUCUACACCAGCUUGUGUCUGUGCCACAUUUUGACGCGUUGCUACAGCUGUCGCACUCGCCGUGUUUCCAUUCACAUAUUUUUAUUCGCAAUUUGAAGUAUCGCAUAAGAAAAUCAGUAUGGAACAUUCAAUAAAACUUAGUGAAUUGAGAAAUAUUUUUUUUGAUCGCAUGAGGUGUUUUUUUGCCUUUGUCGAAAAAGAGUUGAUGCGCUAAAUGGGUUAUGGAAACGCUUUUUUACAAAUAAAUUCUGAACAUUUAACUCACGUGACUGAUCAGCUGUCACCAUGAAAGCCAACAGUGCCAACGUCUGAUGAAACUAUGCUGUAGUCAAGUUAAUUCAUUAAUGAAAACGUGUCUAAUUCGCAUUUCUUUUUUGUGACAUUUCAAAAGUUGGCUUGAAAUUUGCUUGACAAUUGAAUGGAAACACAACUACUGUUAGUCAACCACACAGUUAGAAGUCUGUAAGCUCCUCCCCACACCUACUACAGUAGAUUGAUGCCACCAGACAUUACCAGAGUAAACCUAUUGACGUCUAUUGACGAUGAUUACCCAAUCCCAGUUACAGCAAUACCCAGUUUGUUAGUUUUUUACUGUUACAAGGUUGCAACAAUAAGUUGGGUGGUGCCACUGUACAUUGCACUUAUCACACACAGUCCAAACACACCACUGAAGUCUCGCCAUGCGAUGGCCUUUGGAGCAGUGGUGUGGAUUAGAUAUAGAGCAGGUAAACAAAUACAUCCGUUGUGCUUGAGAUGUAUCACUGAAACAGAAGUGGCUGAUCUGCAUGUUCCCCCGCACCACCCACCGGUUUGGAUGAUCACAGGGUCUUUCUUUGUUAUUACAGUCAGGGCCUUAAACAGAAAAUUAUCCGUCUUUCUCUUUUGAAAUUAUCCAGUAAAUGAGGUGAAAUCACCAAAGAGACUGAUUCUAUGUUUGCUUCUUAUUUUUCAGAAGCCCGUCAUUCAGCUCUGUCUAUUUAUCUGUUCCCUCUGGGCCAAUAAUUACUGAUCAGCAGCUAUGCAGAGCAGAUGUGUGAAAUAUUGAAAUAUGUCAUUAUGUAUGUUACAUAGUAAUCAUUUAUGAUGUUUGUAAUGUCAUCAGGAUAAAUCUGUGCAUACAUAUAUAAGUGACUCAGUCACUGUGGCUGUGCUGUCCAACUCUAAAUGGUACUUAACAGUGUGAUUGUUUCAGGUGGUGUCUGAUUUUGAGAGCAGUUUGUUGAGCUGAAUGAGCGGAACAAAAUAAAAUGUGAAAUAUUUAA